AACUUCUGAAGGAACACUCCAUGGUGAAUUGGUAUAGUGGUUGACAAAUUAUUAAUAACACAAUGAACAAGGUGACAACUGGGACACAUUGAUGGCCACCCAACGCACACGUGCCAAUGUGUCCUCUGCUUCGCUGUAGUCCAAGUGAACCCCAGAGUCACAUAGAAUACAUUUCAGACUACAGGGAGAACUAUUUCUUUACAUUUGGUGGAUGAAUCUGAGAGACGUGAGUGGUUGGGCAAAACUCCUUCCUUGUAAAUGAAUUACCCCGAGGAUCCAGAGGAACAGCUCUCGGAGGAUGAAAAUGAAGAAGAAGAGGAGGGGGAGGAUGAAGGAAUAGAGAUAAUGGAUGAGGAGGAGGAGGAGGAAGAAGGCGAGGCGGAGGAAAAUGAGGAGCCUAAGCUGGGCUGGGCUAACCUCCCGGACGUGUGUCUGCGGCAGGUGUUCUGGUGGCUGCGUGACCGUGACCGUGUCAAGGCGGCCCUGGUGUGUCUCCACUGGCACCACGUCAUGCGCUCGCCCUCUCUCUGGAGGGUUCGAACCUUCAACUUCUCCGGCCGCAUCUCCAGGACCCGCCGCUCGGAGCUGGAGACGGCCGUGUGUUACGCCAAGACCUACGGCGCUUACCUGGAGGAUCUGGAGAUCCGCUUCUCCCACCCCCUCAACUCUCUGGUGUCCCGGCGCUUCCAGCAGACGCUGAGGACCUUCCUCGCUGCACUGCGUAAAACCAGAGGCGGACUACGCCGCCUAACUGUCAACCACAUGGAGCUGGACCGCGCCGCCUGGUGCCGCAGCGUACGCAAGGCGCUGGUGCGCAGCCUCACAUUCUACCUGCGCCGCGAGAGCUCCCGCCUGGGCUACUUGAGCCUGCGUGGGGCCCGCCUCAACCUGCCCCAGGGCCUGGAGGUGCUGGAGGCCGUGGCUGCAUCUCAGCAGCACAUCCACCUGGACCGCCGGCCCGGCAUCACCCACCUCAACCUGGAGGACUUCUUCUCACAGCCGCUGGCAGUCUUCAUCAGCCCCGCCUUCCCCCAGGUCAUGAACCGCUUCCAGGGCCUCUGCACCCUGACCCUCAACUACAGCUGCCUGUCGGACGAGCUGCUGGCGGCCCUGUCCACGGCGUGUAGGAGCCUGGACGGGGGAGGGUCCCUGCAGACGUUCACCAUACGAUGCCAUAUCCACGAGCCCCACAUCCAGGUGGUCUGGGGGGAUGCCUGGUCCCAUCUGGCCCAGCGUUGUCCCGACCUCCGUGUGCAUAUCACAGUGGAGCGGAUCCUCGACAUGGACAAGCUGGGGAGGAUUCUGCUCAGAGAGAUCCCGCUGCGCUCGCUCAGUCUCACCAGUUGCUACUUCAGUGAACAGGACUGGAGUGUCAAGCCUGCCCUUACCAACCUAGUGCCCUACUACAGGAGCUGUUUACAGAAACUGACCCUGGACCUGAACAACAGCCACGAGUCUGUGGACGAGGAGCUGCUGGAGGUGGUGCUGCUGUGCAGCCAGCUGGUCUACAUGAAAGUCUGGGCAUUCCUGGACAUCAGCUUCCUGGACCGGCUGCUGCAGAAACGCCUGGAAAAAAAGAUUGUCCUAAGGACCAUCAAGGUGCGGAUCUACAUCAACAAAUAUGAGACUCAGGACGAGGAUGAGCAGCUGGAGGAGGUGUACUCUCGCUACAGACAACUCAUCAACUCAGAGCUCCACUACUUUGCCAUCUCCUACCCCAUGCUCUAACUCCUGCCUGACAGACACGUGGGCCCAUAAAGACAGCAUUUUUUUGGUUAUAUUAGCACCAGUUAAAGGAAGAGGAGGAAGGAACUACAAUUUGAUGCACAAUCAUGAUGGGUCUGGCACACACACACACACACACACACACACACACACACACACACACACACACACACACACACACACACACACACACACACACACACACACACAGCCAUCGCUGUAAAUAAACAUACACUCCAUAACUCUGAUCCUGCUUUUCUUCAAACCCAAAUAUUGUAUUAAAAUUGAUGCAAACAAUACAAGCACUCCAACUUUCCAUCACAAUGUAUACCUCAUAUUUUAUUUAUCAGUCAAAUGUAAAAUGCUGGCCUGGGUAUAUCAGCAUAAUCUAAAGAGCCCCACUGUGACCAUGGUCUAGGCUUGUCCCAGAUCUGUUGAUGCAAGACAGCAAAAAGAGAUCAGGGACCAGGCUUGUCAUGGUGGGAGUGGUAUUCAGAAGCUGUGGAUGGAGAUGGGCUGGCGGAGCUGGGUGCAGAUGACCUCGUCGAUGUAGAGGGAGUGGGACUUGACCUGGAUCUCCUCUUCCAGGAUCAGCUGGGAGCGGGUCAGGGCCAGCAGCUCCAUCUCUGACUGGGCCUGGGCCUCUCGCAGUCUGGGGGGGGGGGUUGACACAGGACAAUGGGAGACUACUACAACUCAUGGCAAAUAGG